UUGCGUAAAUAUAUCAUGCUAUCUCAAUUUCAGGACCUGACCGGAGUACUACAAAUGGCGAAGUCCAUGUACGUUAUGCAUGAAGAGGGUGGGCGCCAGCGGUGGGCGAGAGUGAGUGUACAUGACUGUCUUCUGCACCUGCACGCCCUCACAGAAAAUCCUCCUCCUUCGAACUCCAUUACCUUUUCAUAUUCAAGUGUGCGUUCGCUGGUGCCGACAGAAGCAACAACCGCAUUCCUCGACCUGGGCUGGCAGGGGCAGACGCAAGGCCGCGUCUACGUGCGCAUGUUCGGCGAUACACGACGCGGCCAGCAGUUCCUUCUGCUGUGCUCUGGGGAGAAGGGCCCUUGCUACAGACUCACAAGGUUCUUCGACGCAGACCGGAUAGGUGAGCGCGGAGAGAUCAUCCGAGGUGGGGACUACGAGCACAACGACGGCACGGGCGGCGCGGCCAUCAUGGAUGGGCUGCUGAGCGGGGGCGUGUACCACCGGGAAGCCGUGGCGGGACUGGUGGUGGGCGCCCAUGCCAGCCAGGCGGAGAGACUGGGCGUUUUCGGCAUCAUCCUAACCGAGUGGCCGGGGAACAAGACAGACACAGGUUUCGGUCUCGUCACCAGCGGACUCGGGACCUUGAAGUCCGCCGCAAGACACAAGCCCGUCACCGACGUCACCAUAGAGAACUGCGGUUUAGUGAUACCCAUUUGAUGUCUCACCGGCAAUUUUGCUCUUGCUUAUUGUCUCAUGCUUUAUACACACACACACACACACACACACACACACACACACACACACACACACACACA